CUUGCUUAUCAUUGAAUGAUAUCUUUGAAUGAAAUCUUUUUCCAACAAGUAAUCGUGGCCAAACCUCGAAGUAGUCGAAACUCAUCAAUCGAGGCUUUCGUUGUAUGCACAACCUUUCAGCCCCCUGAGGGCUACGAACCAACAAUGUUCAAUUUACUAAUGGACAAACAAGCCAAAUCAUAUUUUGAUAAUAUAACUAAUCCAGUUAACUUGACCAUUGUCCCUUUUGUUGCCUGUGGAGAUUUGUCUGGUUUCGAUGCUGAUAGAAGUUAUCCUUUAGAUACUCCAACCGGAUUAUCUUCUGGCUACAAGUACAAUGAACCAACUCAGAAACCGAUUGACCCUCCAUAUCAAAAGGCUUGUCAAUUAAAGAGAUCAGAUGAAUUAGCUAAACAAGAAAAUGAGUAAUCAAAUUGAUGAAAUUGGAAAACCUCAUUUAAACAACAACAAGAACAACAACAAUUAAACGAAAUAAAGUAAAAAACUUAUUUGAACAAAUAAACCAUCAUCAAAGGACUAAUAAUCGCCGACAAUUAAAGUUAUCUAAACGAAAUCCGAAAUGACCUGAAUGGAUUGAUCAAAAAAAAAAAGAAAUAAAAUCUCUAAAUUCAUGAUGAAAGAAAAA